CUCCACGCCACGUCGGUGAUGAGCCUGGGCCAGCGCCGGGGGCAGUGGAGGCUGCCCCGUCCCCCCAGCGUGGCCGGCCCUGAGCCCGGGCAGGAGCCACAGCCCCGAGAGCUGCGGGCUCGGGCCCCAGCUGUGCUUGGAGCUGUACAUUGUGCCCUGCCCAGCACAGGGGCCUGGGAUGGGGAGCAGAGGGGCUGUACUCGGGCACCAGGGCUGGGCCCCCCAUGUAGUGGGAGGGGGUCUGAGCCCCCUGUGCCAAGGAAGGGGGGCAGGGGGUCUCUGCGCAGGCACUGAUCUUGCUCUCCCCAGAUGUCCAAGGCUGCUCCCAAGGCCGCCCCCGCGGCCCCCAAGGCCGCCCCUCCAGCAGCCAAGCCGGCUCCAAAGAAGGGGGCCAUGGCACCCCCCCCGGGGUUCAGCCUCGACAUCAACGACCCGCAGGUGCAGAACGCGGCCAUCCGCAUCCAGGCGUCCUACCGUGGACACAGGUCCCGCAAGGAGCUCAGGGAGAAGGGGCCGCCGCGAGUGCUGGAGGGGCUGAAGGACACGGUGCUGAUCGAGGGCAGCGCGGCCAAGCUGUCCUGCCGCAUCAGCGCCUUCCCCGACCCCUUCAUCCGCUGGUCCAAGGACGGGGUGGAGCUGAAAGACGGCCCCAAGCACCGCUACAUCUUCGAGGACCCCGACAUCGUGGCUCUGGUGGUGCGGGACGGUGGCCUGGCCGACCUGGGCCGCUACACCGUCUCCGUCAAGAACCCCUUUGGGGAGUGCUUCGACUCCGCGCGCAUCCUCGUCGAGGUGCCCGCCAAAAUUGAGAAGGGGCCGGAGAGCACCAAGGCCAAGGUGGGCUCCAAGGUCAUGCUGACGGCGCUCAUCAGCGGGCAGCCGGAGCCCGACGUGGGCUGGGCCAAGGACGGCCAGGACAUCGAGGAGGACGACCGGUGA